AGAAAGUCGGUAAACUGCAACUUUGACUGUUUAAUGUUUUCGUUUGCUUUUGAUGACGGAACGUAAACAAAUUUUGCCAACUUUUAUGUUUCUUUCGUAAUUCAAUCUACUUAACUUUCAUUAAUUAAUAAUGUCUAAAGCUGUGAUACUUAUCGGAGGGCCCCAAAAAGGUACUAGGUUUCGACCUCUUUCAUUUGAUAUUCCAAAGCCACUUUUUAAUGUUGCUGGUGUUCCGACUAUUCAGCAUCUAAUUGAAGCUUGUAUCAAAGUCCCUGGUAUUCGAGAAAUUUUAAUUAUUGGCUUUUAUAAUGCUGAAACAAUGAGUGAAUUUCUAUCUUCCAUGAAGGACUAUAAAAUAAAAAUUAGGUAUCUUCAAGAAUAUACAUCUCUUGGAACUGGUGGAGGAAUAUUUCAUUUUCGAGAUCAAAUUCAAACUGGUGAUCCAGAAGCAUUUUUCGUGAUAAAUGGGGAUGUUUGCGGUGAUUUUCCAUUAGUUGAAAUGCGCAAAUUUCACCAAGAGAAAAAUGCUUUGAUAACUGUUCUAGGCACUGAAGCAACACAUAUGCAGUCUCAACAAUAUGGAUGCAUAGUUAAAAAUAAUGAUACAAAUAAGAUUGUGCAUUAUGUUGAAAAACCAUCAUCUUUUGUCAGCACUACUAUAAAUUGUGGAGUGUAUAUUUGUUCUCCAAGAAUAUAUGACCAUUUAGGUAUAAUCUUCAAGAAUAAUCAAUUGGAUAACAAUUUUGGACCCUGGAGUGAAGUUACUUCAUCACAAGAUAGUAUCAGCUUAGAGCAAGAUGUUCUUAUGAAAUUAGCAGGGAAAGAAAAUGUUUAUGUUUUCUCCAGCAGUAGUUGGUGGAGUCAGAUGAAAACAGCUGGGUCGGCUAUUUAUGCCAAUAGACAUUACUUAGAUUUAUAUCAUUCUACUCAUCCUGAUUGGUUGGCAAAAACUAAUUCUACAAUUGGAGAUGUUUUUAUUCAUCCUACUGCUAAAGUUCAUCCUAGUGCCAUUUUGGGUCCCAAUGUCAGCAUUGGAAAGAAUGUUGUUGUUAAAGCAGGAGUUCGUAUAAAAGAAUCCAUAGUCUUAGGAGAUGCAAUAAUUUUUGAACAUGCACUUGUGUUGCAUAGCAUAAUUGGUUGGAACAGUUCUGUUGGAAGAUGGGCACGUGUUGAAGGAACACCUUGUGAUCCAAAUCCUGAUAAACCAUUCACCAAAAUGGAAAAUGUUCCUCUUUUCAACGAGACAGGUCGCUUAAAUCCAUCAAUUACUGUUCUAGGUUGUAAUGUACAUGUGCCAUCAGAAGUUAUUGUUUUAAACUCAAUUGUUCUUCCUCACAAGGAUUUGACACAAAGCUAUAAGAAUCAAAUUAUUUUAUAGUGAAUUAUAAUCUUAUUAUAAAUUUUAAUUUAAGCUGUAAUGUUUGGAUAUUGAAAUAUUCUCUCCUCUAAGCAUUUUUAAAAUUGUUUCUAAAUUUGUUUUUAAAAAAUAUAUUCUGCUGAAGGGUGCAGUUUAUAAAUAUAGUAAAACCUUGAUUAAAGUAUUGAAACUAAGAAAACUUCAAAAAUAGAUUUUUUUAAUUUAUUAGUUAAUUAAUGUAAAUGUUGUAUUUCAUAAAUAAUUACUAUACCUAUUAAAUUUAAUCUUCUGAACAUUAAUUGCCCAUUUACUAAUCUUUAAUCUAGUAACUUUCUUGCUGUAAACUCCUGUAAGUCUCCAUGUUAUUCAACUAAAAAGUUGUGUUUGGUUUUUAAAAUUCCAAACAAUUUUACUCAAAAUAAUAAUGUUAAGAUGGUUAAAUCUGACUAGGACCUUUUAAUAUGUUUAGAAAUACCUAUGAAAUUUUAUUUUUUUUUCAUCUUAGAUUCAAUAUAUUUUUAAUGUGUCUUAUGACUUUUUUUGACAUUAAGUUAAUAUGCUGUUCCCAUUAAAUUGAGAAAAAUAAUGAUUAAAAUUGUAAAAGUAGUAACAGUUGAAAGAAAUUUGACAAGAAAAUUGAUGACAGUUAUUAGAGAGCUUUUAAUACUAAUUAUCAAGGUUUCACUGUGCAUGUGAAUUGCUUUGUAUGAAAUAUAGCCUGUUUAAUUUAUCCCGAUUAUUCCUGAUUAAAAUAUCUCCUCCGAGGUAAAUCUGGGUAUAUGUAGUUGAAAAGACACGAGACUCAAGUGCGUUUUAUUAUAUUUUAUUGCUACAAACUAUAUUGAAUUUUUAUUGUUUUUUAUUGUUUUCAAUUAAUUUUUUGUUGUUGGAGGAACUAAUUACACCUGCCUUAUUUUUUAGUUUGAAAAAAUACGAAAAGAUUUUUUUAAAAGUAAAUUUAACUUUAUAUUUGUUUCACUUUUAUAUUGGAAAAAGUAAAACUGAUGUGGUAUAAAGUAAAGAGGAAGAAAAGAGUUAGUUUUUGAACCUAAUCAUUUAUUCAAUACGCAUUAGACUUGCAAGAACCAGGAAAAAGGGUUAUAAACAUGCACAUAAUUUUUAUAAAUAAUACCAACUUCAUGUACUAUAUACAUAUUUGUACAGGAUCAUACAUAUGUUGUAACUAAUUUUCUUUUAUAAAUACCUUUGUAAUUUUUAUAAUUUUUGUCUUCUUCUUGCAUGUAAUUCAUAUGGGUUUAUUUUUGAGUUGAGUAAAGAUAUUUUUAGUGCCAUACAAAAAUAUAAUAUGUAUCAUAAUGAUUGCUUUCUAUGCUAUUGAUAAUAGUAUAAUUCUCAAAGUUUUUUAACAAUGGUAUUUUAACUAUAGCAAAUUUUAUUAAUUUGAUUUUUAUGUGAUAUAAAUGUGUAAUUAUGCUUCGUAUGUGACAUAAAAUAAUAAUAAUGUAAAAAGGCCUUAAGUUUUGUCAUGAUCCUUCUUACACUUCUAGGUUAUAUGUUUCAAGUGAUAUUUGUUUAAAUUUUCUGCAUUAUUUAAAUUACUAUUAUUUGGUAUUUCAUUUACAUAGUGUCUUCAAUCCUGGAAAUAUGUAUUGUAUAUAUACUUUUUUUUUAAUAUUAUAUGUAGUACUUAAGUAUCUAUGAAUAUAAAUUUUAGGUUACUAGAUGUGGUACAAUCAAAUAAAUUUUUUAUUGUAAUUCUUUUUUUAAAUUUUUUUAUUUACUUUUGAAAAAUAUUUGUUAUAUUUUUGUUCAGAAUGCAAUACUUUAGUUAAUUAUUGACAACUUUUGUAAUUUCCUGUGUGCUGUCAGUAGGGCUGCAUAACCUGCAGGUCAGGUCCCCUGGAGUUAAGGGAAAAAAUUUCUUACAAAUACCUUGCACCACUGUUUAUUUGGUGGAUUAGAUGGGGUUUUGUUUGCCACAAGAAAAAUAGCAAUAAAUUCUCAAAGCCUUUCCCACUGACAGGAUCUACACCACAUGUGAGUGAAUCUAGAAUCUUAUAUGAGCCAACGGGAAUUGGCAAGGAGACAGGCAAGCAGACACACGAUCAUGUUUAAAGGUCAUUCACACUGGAUGUGAAAAAAAUCACGUAUGCAAAUUUAGAGAUGUGAACAAGAACUUGAUUGGUGAGUUCUUUGUGGGUUAGUAUAUUUUAUCAAUAAGGUUCUCAUUGGCGUGUGCAAAUUUUUUUUAUCCAAUGUUAAUGGUCUCAUGUUAUGGCUGACAAAAUUUGAUAGGAAAUUUGCGAUGUCUAAUGCCCAUAGAAUGAUUUUGCUUACAUUAUCUGUGGCUACAGAUUUCCCGCAGUCAGGAUUUUCGUGCAUUUUUAACAGGUAAUCUGUGAAUAGUAACUUAUAGAGUAAACACAGGAGAUUAUGGCAUUAUAAAUUUUAUAUUAAAAUGCUUAUUAUUUUGAUGAUACAGUAGUAGAUCGCAAAUCACAACAGCAGGCUCUCUUGAACUACCUUUCUACAGUCAUUAAUCAUGCUAACAACUGCAUUAUUUCUUAUUAAUUAAACAAUUUUUCAUAUAUGAAACCUUUAGAGUAAUUAGUUAUGAUUAUAAAUGCUCUAUCUAGGAAAUGAUGAAGUCUAAUGACAUUUCUUUAUCUAAAUAUUCAGUGUCUAUUAACAUUUACAAUUUGGCAACUGUUUUUAAUCAAUCAUAUCUAUUUUCGACAUAAAUUAUUUGUAUACAUUCAGCUUUUUUUUAAGAGUUUGCAUUGAAAGAUUCGGGAUUUUUUCUGAUAUCAGUAUGAUUUUACUAAAUGAUUAAGAUUUAAUUAAGUAAUCAUAGUCAGAAUUUGAAAUUCUUUUUUUUUUCUUUAUUAUGAAGUUUUUAGCCUUAAUUAUUAAAUUGUGAUCCUUAAUGUGCAUAGUUUUAAAACUUUUUUUUUUCUAAGGGCUCUAAAUAUUUUUAUCAUUCUGAAACCCAGCAGAACAUAUUGAACAACAUUUGGUAAAUUUUUAUCACUUAUAAAUAAUAAUAUAUAUAUUUUUUAAUGUUUGUAUGCCUUUACAAAGCAAUUGUCUAUAUAAAAAUAUAAUUGUACCUAUCCCCAUUGAUAUGAGUUUUUAUUUGCAAUGAAAAAAAAUUAAUAAAGGUAAGAAAUUUGAUUAAAGUAAACUUUUGGACUGUUUUAUGGCAUAUAGAUAUAUUAUUAUUUGAGUCGAGUGGAAUUUGUUUCAUGACUAAAAUGUGAAGAAAUGUACUAAAACUAUCCUACAAUAUGCUAAAAAUGCUAAAAAGGAAAAUUUAUCAUAUGUUUUUAGGUAAAACUAAAACUAACUAAAAAAUAAAUGUUUUAUUAAUCGA